AUGAUCAUGAUCGGACCGAUGGAUGCAACUGAGGCGACAACCCUUUUUGCCAAAAAGUUGGGGGUACAAAUCACGGAAGACGUCAGCCAGCUUGCUAAGGAGCUCGAUCACAUGCCGCUAGCAAUAGCUCAGGCGGCGGCCCUUAUCAAACACAUGGAGCCGCGACUUUCAGUCUCACAAUACCUUCGAAGGUUUCAAAAGAGUGAGCGGGAGAAGAUACGCUUUCUGGCUCACGAUCAGGGGCAAUUAAGUCGUGACAAAGAGGCCCACCACUCCAUAAUCGUCACUUGGCAAAUGUCUUUCGAUCAUAUACGGCGAACUCACCCUUCAGCAGCAGAUCUUCUUUCACUGAUGUGUUUCUUUGACCGACAGGGGAUCCCGGAAAACUUAAUCCGACGUUCUCUUGGCUAUACCGUCGAUGCAUCCAGUACAUCUCAGGACGAAGGUUGCGGUGACUAUGACGACUUCGAGAGCGCCACCCAAGAUGCCGAUCAUGCAACAGAAUGGACAUUGGAAAAAGCAUGUACCAAUGAGGGAGACACUCCUGUCGAUGGAACAAGCUUCCAGAUGCAUCGCCUCGUUCAACUUGCCAUGCGUCGGUGGCUUGAGACACACAAGCAGACUGAACGGUGGAAACGAAGCUUUAUUAGAACACUGUUUUCCGAAGUUCAAGAUGCAGAAUACGAGAACUGGCCUGUUUGUGAAUUGGUUCUUCCCCAUGUGUUAUCUGCGGUCACUCAGCCACCGAUUGAGGAAACUACAAUGGAGAAAUGGGCUGCUGUGAUCCACGUUGCUGCUGCCUUUACCUGUCAUCGUGGUGACCAUUCCAAAAGUGCAGAGCUUGCAAGUUUGGCAUCGGAAACAACAGGCAGGCUACUUGGUCCAUAUCAUGAGUCCACGCUAUGUAGUCUCGGGGCACUUGCAGUCGCACGAGAAUGCCAAGGCCAAUACAAAGCAGCCGAAGAGAUCUUGGUGCAAUUAUUAGAGAUACGGAAGCGAAUUCUUGGUUCGGAACACCCCCAAACAGUAACCAUUAUGCAUGACCUGGCGACACUCUACUACCACCAAGGACGAUAUAUCGAGGCUGAAAACAUUGGCUUCCAGGCGCUCGAGAUACGCAAGCGGAUUCUUGGGUUGAAUCAUCCUGCAACCUUGAUGGGCAUGGGCAAUUUGGCAGCAUUCCGCGGGAACCAAGGCCGAUACAGCGAAGCCGAAAUGGACGAGUUGCAGUUGCUCGAGAUGCGCAAGCGGUUAGUUGGCCCAGACCACCCUGCCACAUUGUGUAGUAUGAGCAACCUCGCAACGACCUACUUCGAUCAAGGCCGAUACAUCGAGGCUGAAGACAUUUUAGUGCAGGUGGUCGAGAUACGCAAGCGCAUCAUUGGUUGGGAUCACCCUGAUACCUUGGGUAGUUUGGGCAACCUCGCAUCAAUUUACUUGGCCCAGGGCCGACACCGUGAGGCCGAAGAUAUCGGGGUGCAGGUGCUUGAAACUCGCCAACGGAUUCUUGGAUGGGACCACCCUGAUACAUUGUACGGUAUGAACAACCUCGCAUUCAUCUACUUUGAUCAAGGCCGAUACACCGAAUCCGAGCAGAUCGGUAGACAAGCGAUCAAGAUGCGUAACCGAAUCAUUGGGCCAGAACACCCGGAUACAAUGGUCUCCAUGAAAAAUUAUGCGGUUACACUUCGGUACCUUGGCCAACAUGAGUCUGCUUUGCUCUUGCUGGCUCGGUGUACUGAGCUCUCCACUCGAGUACUCGGCCCACAGCAUCCGUGUACCAAUACUUUCCUCGGCUGUUUGGAUAGAUGUCGUCAGAUAUACAAUCAUCUUCCUCCCCAAACGACCGGAGCACCGUUCGAACGACCUCCUGAAGCGAAUUGUCGGUUCGAUUCUCAAUCCACCUCGGCAGAAGCUUCUGAUGAAGCUUCUGGGCCAAGUAAGGCUCGCAAGCGAACAAUGUUGACCCGAUUAUUUCGCAAAAAAAAAAAGAUCAUCGGGACUGGCUUGGUUUUGGGACGGGCGAUGUUCAACUGGCUGUCAGCGAUGCAUCAUCCCACCACUUGA